CCGUCUAAAUGGUUGAGGCGUGACAAAGUAAAUGGAUAUGAUCGGAUAGACUAGUGAUUUGUCAAUGAUCCAAAAACGAGUAUAAACAAGAAGUUUAAGGGCUAAAAUUGUCAGGGAUGUCAACCAUUAGUUUUAUCAACUUUCAAACCAAUUUAGAAUUGUGUUACUAACAAAACCCAUCCCCAAAUUUCAGAAGAAAAAAAACUCUGUAUAUUUCUUCUUCCAUCGUUCUGAAACCACCGCGAAUUCCGGAAAUGCAACCACCAAAUCCUGCUGAUGCAUACGGUCACCACCAUCCCCAAGAAUAUUUUACCUUUUUCCCAACAACCCCAAACCCUAACCCUUAUCAUCAAUUACAAUCACAGCCUGCUGAUCCAACACCGCCCGGAGUCGAUUCUUAUCCGACAACUCAUGGUGCUGCUUCUGCUUCUUACAAUGCACAUUAUUAUACCUACUCCAACACCGUUGCGCAGCAUUGGCUUGCCGCCGGCGGUCUGCAAUAUGUAUCCGGUACAACGGUUCCCCAAGAUUCUUCACAACAGAUACUACCUGCAAUGCCUACUUACAGUACAUGGACCAAUCCAAAUCCAACCGCUAAACCACGUGGGCCAUGGAAAAAGAUCUCGAAGAAAACAAAAAUUGUUCAGUCUGCUUGGUGUGAACUCUGUAGAACUGAGUGCACCACCAUUGAUGUUCUUUAUAAACAUAGAUCAGGUAAAAAACACCUGAAAAAUCUGGAAAAAUUAAUGCAGGCUACUUCUGCUGCCAGUACAUCCGCCUCGACCCCUGUUAAUCCAGCUGUGCCAAGCAACCCAAUCAUAGGACCUCCAGAAAAACCAAAAAAGGGUAAAUCGGGGACAAAAAAGAAGGCAGAAACUCCAGAAGACUUGGAGAAGAAGAGAAGGAAGGUAUUGGAAGGCGGGGCAGCUGCAAAUGCUGUGAGAAUAUGUCAAAUCUGCAAUGUUGUUUGCAAUAGUGAUACAGUUUUCAGAUACCAUCUUACGGGGCAAAAGCAUGCUUCCAUGUUGAAAAAACAACAGCAAGCUGGUGUAGUUUGAGCAUGUAAGCGUAGCAUGCAUAUUUUCUCGACCUUUUCUCCUCCGAUUCUGAUGAGGGACAUGCUAAAUUGUUAUGCAUUCAUGUGCUGUUCUUCUAUCUGACCAUAGUAGGAAUGCAACAUAGUAGAGGUCUUAUUUAAACUGAUAAUCUUAGUGCCGUUAAAAAAAAAAAUCUUAGCUAUUGAGGAAGCAUAUGAAUUAAAGAGAAAUGAUGAUGUAACAUUGUGUCUUUUAGCUAUUUAUGAAAUUGAAUCUUGAUGGCAUUAAGUGUUGUUCCA